UCCUUCUUCUGUUUUGGUCCUCUUAUUUGCAUAGAUUUCUUGUGGGCGCGAGGCCAAAAUACAAGCCGUGGCACUGGCUUUUUUUCCCAAAGCAGGAAGUAAUAAGCAACAGUAAAGCCAUGGGGUGAUGCAGACUAACAGUUUGAAACUGUUAUUGGAACUACUAGUUAAGCGCCAUGUGAAACACUGUGGACUCGAGAGAAGCAGAGGCGAGUGUUUUGUGAGGUGUUUGCUCAUUGCAAACUUUUAAUGUGGCUGGAGUGUGAUCUCUGAGGUGGAUUUUGUAACUGCAGUGAUGGCUGUUGAUGAUGUGGCUGAUAAAAGAGCCAGACUAUUGGCUUCCAAAAGCAGGUGGAGUGGGAUGAAUGACGUUGCAGCUACUCACCCACUCAUCAACCCCAAUGGAGCAGAAAAAUGUACUAAAGACAGCAUUCAGCAUUGGCUCAUUUCGAUCACUGAGGAAGAUGCUAAACCAGAUGUUGUCCAGGAUGCACCAGUUCCUCUAAAGAGGAACGCCAGUUCUGAAGAUGAUUUGGCGCUGGGCACAGAAGCAUCAUUAUAUGGUAAACCUGCUAUAAGGACAGCACAAGGAUUUCUAAGGUCAUCCAUAGCAAGACCUCCUUUGCCCAGGUGGAGCAGCUUGACAUCAGCCUUCUCAGCCUGUUCUGGACCACUGAGUGUCAUGGAUGUGCUGAACCUGUGGCAGGACGACCCGGAGGAGCUGCUGCUGGACCUGGGCUUUGGUGCAGAGGAACCAGACAUUACAGUGAGGAUCCCAGCCCGCUUCAUCAACCAUCAGUCCAAGGCUCGUGGCAUCAACAUCCAGCUGUUCCUAGAAGCACAGAAGAACCGCAUGGACAUUGAGAAUCCAGAUGUCAGCAACCGAUUCAGACAGCUAGAGGUGCUACAGCAGGUCACUACAGCCUUCAAUUCCCUGAUUGGAGGCUCUACUCAGGUUGCAGAAAAGCCAAGAGAAGCCCAAGUCUCAGCAGAAACCAAAGAGAGGAGGAAACGGGUUGGAAUGCUGCUACGCAAAGCCUCCAAAAAGUCCUUAAGCCAAGCGCCCACUGCCCAAGACCACCAGCCGCUCUCCCCUCCUCUGACAGGCCUGUCCUCCAGCCCAGAUCUACCUGCAGAUCCUCCACAUGACAAGCGAAGCCCUGUAAAGCGUGCCAGGCAGUCUCUCCCUGACAGUGCCAGCCUCAGCCCACUGGUAGAAGAGCAAAGCUCUGUCCCAGAAACAGCAGAACCCACCCUGACCACCCCUCUGCCUCAGUGCCAGAGUAUCAGUCUGAGGGGAGCCAGAGAGCCACACAACAUAGCCUCCACACAAAGGAGUCCAGAAGAGCCUGCAGAAUCUUUUGAGCUGGAAGAGAUCCAGAGCUUUGACGAGGGAAGCAUAGCAGGGAGUUGCACCAGCCCCACUGACCAUUUAGGUAACGAACGAGCGUGCCUCUCCCGGGUCAGUUCAUGUGUGCUGAGGACAAAUAGUUGUCAAUCAGACAGCAGUGGGUUUCUGGAGGAGCCGAUUGUUCCUGCAUUUUCUCAGCACCCCGGCCCUGGACCUGAGCUAAUGAAGGUGCUGAAUGCCAUGUCAGAAGAUAGUACAGACAGCCAGCAGAAGAGUGUGGAGCAGGAGCAGACAGAGUUCCACUCUUCAGAUCCCCAGAGUUCCUCUGAGAGUCUGCUUGUACAAACUGAAUCCCUUGAACCACACUCAAACAUAGAGUCUUUAAAGGAAAUGACCCAGAGCAAGCUAGUGAUUAGUGAAGAAGUUGCUACAGAAAGUUAUUUGCAGGACCCUGAUCGGAUAGACAUGAAUGCUGCUGAUACCUAUGUUGAGGAAAGUACCACAUCACAGGACAUUGAUCAAGUAGAUUAUUUAGUAGACAUGAAUGUUGCCCAGAAGGAUAUUGCUGAUGAAAAUGUUGGAGAAACUACAAGAUUACAGGACACUGGUCAAGUAGACUGUUUGGUAAAUACAAAUGUUGUGCAGAAGGUCACUGCUGAAUACUGUACUAGAGAGUGUACUACAUCACAGGACACUGGUCAAGUAGUUGGUUUGGUAGAUAUGAAUAUUACCCAGAAGGACCUUCAAGACAAAGAAAGUGUUGAAGAAAGUACCUCAUCAUAUGACACUGGUCAAGUAAGCUGUUUGGUGGAUGUGGAUCUUGUACAGAAGGACAUUGCUGAAGACUUUAUUAGAGAAAAUACUACAUCACAAGACACUGAUCAAGUAGACUGUUUGCUAGACAUGAGCGCUGAAAAGAAGGACCUUACUGAAAAUUACACAGGAGAAAGUACCAGAGCACAGAACUCACCAAAUCCACCUCCUGAUGUGGUUCCAGAAGGUGAUUCUUGGAUGAAGGUACUGAAAUCAGACUAUCCUCUUUUUAACACAGGGUCAUCUCCCUCUGACAUUACAGAACCUGAAAUAGCUUCCUCUACAGAAGCCAAUGAGACAAACACUGGGGCUCUGUACUCUGGACAUUCUGUCUCUGUACAGAUGCCAUCCUCCCUGGCUUAUGUUUCCCAGAGUUCCCUGAGCGGAAGCCGUAGCCACAGCCCUUCCCUAGGGCCCACCUCCCCUAGCCGCACCCAACAUGGAAGACAGUCCUUCUUCCAUAGGGUCCAUUCAGAUGUAGACAACCCUUCAGACCCUCUCAGUGGUCCCACCACCCACACACCAUCUGAACUAGUAACCCCGUCACCCCAGUGUUCUCAGGAGAGCUCUAGAGGCCUCUGGAAUUUCCGGUUGCGCUCCACAUCUUUGGAGAUGGGCACAUCAGACGAUGAGGACAGGCGCUGGGAGGGGGCGCUGUGGGCCGGCGCUCAGUGCUGCUGCUCCUGUGACCACAACUGCGGCUGCUGCUGCAAGAGCAAGAGUGGUUAUAAGCAGCACUCCGGCACCGUGGACCAGCUGCACACUGCCUUCAGUCUGCCAUAUUCUUUGGAUGAACUGGAGGGCAUGAUGAGAUGUAUGAGGAAGUUCCGGCGGGUGUUAUCAGAGAUCGAAAAGAGGUUGGAAGAAGAGCAGACGUCAGUGCUCAGCUCUUUGUCAGAUGCACACAGGGCAGAGGUGCAGGAUGUGUUGGAGCUGAGGACAGCUGUCAAACAGGAAGCAGUGCUGCUGGAGCAGCAGCUAACUGAUUUGGUCCAUGCUUAUGAUGACAACAUUAAAAUGAAGCUGAACAGGCUUUUGGAUGAGCAGUCUCAGCUGUGCUCCCAGUUGCAGAUUAUUCCUUCUGACACACCUCACUCAGCCCAUAUCUCCAUGAGAAGUGUGGCCAUUCAGUGCUGCUUGCUGCCCAUGAUGGACACCACACAGCCAGGCCUCUUUCAGCAGGCCACCAAAGAUGCAAAUUUCACCUACCAUGAUGAAUGGAGCCCUGGCAGCAAGGCUGACAAGCUGGACUUUGUAGGGUUUAUCAAAAGUUUAAAGGAUGUAUCCAUCAGCAAUGACUCACUGGAAUGAAAAGUUCUUCAGUGUCAAGAGUGAAGAGAAUAUUUGCACUUUGGUGUAGUAUUUUGGAGUUAGUUAAAUUUUAUUUUCUAUUUUAAAAUAUUUUAUGAAUUGAUUAAAUUUUUUUGUGUAAUGCACUGAGACAUGCUGUAAAUAUUUAAGACCAAUAAAGAACAUACAAUAUGAAAAACUAA